AUGUCUCAAUAAUUUGUGGGAAUUAAUGGUGAAUAAACAGGUCUAGGAUUCACUAAUCGAGAUCAAGGAGCCAAAGUAGAAGAAGAUCAAGGUUUGAUUGACUUCAAAAUAAUAACCAAUAAUGGAACCCACGAGAGUAUGAAGAUGCUUAUUGAUCUCAAAAACAUCUUUGCUAGACAACUACCUAAAAUGCCUAAAGAAUAUAUAGUACGAUUAGUAUUUGAUCGAAAUCAUGAAUCCAUGUGUAUAAUAAAAGUAUUACAUCAAAACUAUUAAUUUAGGACAACACUAAAGUAAUUGGAGGAAUCUGUUAUCGAAAGUAUCCAACUUAAAGAUUUGCUGAAAUUGCAUUCUUAGCCAUUACUGCUACACUAUAAGUAAAAGGUUAUGGAACUAGAUUAAUGAACAAAUUCAAAGAACAUAUCUAAAAACAAGAUGUUGAAUACUUACUUACAUAUGCUGAUAAUUAUGCAAUAGGAUAUUUUCGAAAGUAAGGAUUCUAUUAAGAAAUAAAAAUGUAACCAGAUCGAUGGAAAGGAUUUAUUAAAGAUUAUGAUGGAGGUACCUUAAUGGAAUGUUAUGUACAUCCAUUUAUAGACUAUGGCAAUAUUAGUGAUUUAAUUAGAGAGUAAAAGCAGGUAAGAUUGAGUUUAAUGUUAGUAAAUGAUAGAUAUUAUCAAGAAAUUGACUUUGAAUGAUAGGGUUUACCCUGGAUUAGAUAAACAGAAUUAUAAAGUUGAAAAUUCCAAUUCUGAUAAACCUACUGUCAAACCUGAGAGUAUUUAAGGCAUUUUAGAAAGUGGAUGGACAAUUGAUGAUUAUAAUGAACUCAAAAAACAAAAGGAGAAAACAUUUAUGAUUUCUUGUCAAUAAAUUAUAGACACUAUGAGAAAACAUAAAUCAGCUUGGCCUUUCUUAGAUCCAGUUAAUAAAGAUGAUGUUCCUGAUUAUUAUGAUGUUAUUACAGAUCCUAUUGACAUCAAAACUAUCGAAAAGAAAUUAUAAUCUAAUUAAUAUACAUCCAAAGAUCUCUUCAUUAAGGAUGUUAAGAGGAUAUUUACAAAUUGUAGAAAUUAUAAUCAACCUGAUACAAUUUACUAUAAAUGUGCCAAUGAAUUAGAACGUAGUAUUGAUGAUUAUCUAAAGAAACUUAAAGAUGAAUAAUAAAUACCAGGAGUUAGUAAGAAAAUCAAAAAAACAAACAAUAAAUGA